AUGUCAGACUCUUUAUACUUUGAAGGAUAUGAUACAAAAUGUACUGAUCUAUUUUGAUGUUAAAGUUGUUAAUAUCAUCAAAUAUUAGAAAUUUUAGAAAUGUUACGACGAAACAGAUUAAAGAAUAAAGUGAUUGCAAUUGGUCUCCUGGUGCUGGCUACUGUAAUUUACAAUGAAUUUUCAGUGUAUGGUAUACAAAAAUUAAAAUGGUCAGUACGAGAAUGUUCAGAAUGUGUUAAGAUAUUACUUGUCGCCGAUCCUCAAAUAUUGGGCAAAGAAAAUGAAAAUUAUUUUGGUUCAUGGAUAGCACAAUGGGAUAGUGACAAGUAUUUGAAAAAAACAUUUUCAAAAGCCUUAUACCACUCUGAUCCUCAUGUUGUUAUAUUUUUGGGGGAUCUUAUGGAUGAAGGUCAUAUUGCCACUGUAGAAAAUUUUCAAGCUUACAAAAAGAGAUUAGAUUCUAUCUUUGAAAUGCCUGAUCAUAUAAUGAAAAUUUACCUGCCAGGAGAUAAUGAUAUUGGAGGUGAAGAGGAUGCAGUUUCAUCCAAUAUUCAUAAUAGAUUUAAUUUUGCCUAUAGUCAACCAGAUACUUUAGUUUAUAAAACAGUAACAUUUUUCAAGGUAAAUAGAUUAACACAUACAAUGCCAGAAGCACCAAAAGAUGCCUUUCUCAAUGAUUAUGCAGAGAGAAACACAACAAAUGUAGUACUUAGUCAUAUGCCAUUGUUAUUUAUGCCUGGUACUUUUGUUCAAAAUGUACUGAAAGAAUUGUCUCCCCAAAUUAUUUUUACUGCACAUGAACAUAAGGCAAUGCAUAUCAGUUUAGACACAGCAACAGAUCAGUUAAGUGAGAUUUGGAUUUUACCUCCAUAUGAGACACCAUUAUACCAAUUAAGAAUGGAUGUAGGUGAUAUUCACGAAUUGCAAAUACCCACGUGUUCAUAUAGAAUGGGCACACCUCACACUGGUUAUGGACUUGCUUAUAUUGAUACACAAGAGAAAGUGAUAGAGUUUACAAUUUUAUGGCUCCCAGGAAGAUUUCCUCAAUUAUGGAUUUAUGUUUAUGUUGGAAUAUUUAUUAUAGCCUUUAGUGUUUGCACAUGUAUUUCCAGUUAUUGCAUAAAAAACCAUGCAGCAUAUAGUCGCAUGUCUUCUAUAUAAGGCAGUAUACAGUCAAAAAUACAUCAUACCAAUACAAAAUGAAAACUAAAAUAUAAUGACUUGACAUUAGAAAUGAGGUAUAAAGGUCCGUCCAAUGCAAGUGAUUCUGUUACCAUCUAUGUCAAGUUGAGAAUGGAAUUUAUAUUACUCCUGUUUAAAUAAAUUCAAAGAGAUUGCAACCCCUAUAUUAAAAUAGCAUAAUAUUG